AUGGAAACAAGGAACAAUGUGACUGAGUUCAUCCUCCUGGGGCUCACGCAGAACCCUGAGGGGCAAAAAGUCUUAUUUGUCUUAUUCUUACUCAUCUAUAUUGUGACUAUUGUGGGUAAUCUGCUUAUUGUGGUGACAAUUGUGGCCAGCCAAUCUCUGGGUUCUCCCAUGUACUUUUUUCUGGCUUUUUUGUCACUCAUAGAUACUGUCUAUUCUACUGCCAUUGCUCCCAAAAUGAUCAGAGACUUAUUGUAUGAGAAAAAGACCAUUUCCUUCCAGGCUUGUAUGACUCAGAUUUUUAUAGAUCAUUUCUUUGCUGGUGCAGAAGUCAUUCUUCUAGCAGCAAUGGCCUACGACCGAUAUGUGGCCAUCUGUAAACCUCUCCAUUAUUUGAUUAUCAUGAAUCACCGUGUAUGUGUUCUCAUGCUUUUGAUGGCCUGGAUUGGAGGCUUUCUUCAUUCAUUAAUUCAAUUUCUCUUUAUUUAUCAGCUCCCAUUCUGUGGUCCCAAUAUCAUUGACAACUUCUUGUGUGAUGUGUAUCCCUUAUUGAAACUUGCUUGUACCAAUACCUACGUCAUUGGGCUUUCUAUGAUUGCUAACGGAGGGGCAAUAUGCACAGUCGUCUUCUUCAUUCUCCUAGUUUCCUAUGGGAUCAUAUUAUACUCUCUUAAGACUCGUAGUUUGGAAGGGAAACGUAAAGCUCUUUACACCUGUGCAUCCCACAUCACUGUGGUCAUUCUAUUCUUUGUCCCCUGUAUCUUUCUGUUUGCAAGACCAACUUCCACUUUUCCCAUCGAUAAAACCAUGACUGUGGUGUUAACUUUCAUCACUCCCAUGUUGAACCCCUUGAUCUACACUCUGAGGAAUGCAGAAAUGAAAAGUGCCUUGAGGAAACUUUGGCGUAAAAUGUGA